AGAUUCAGAACAUUCAGAUAGCAGACGGAGAUGUUAUGCGGGGUAUUCACAUUCCAAUAUUUAUGAUAUUUCCUCGUCUUUUUACGUGUCCUACAUUGACAACAAAUAAUUUUAAAGUUGAAUUUGAAGUGAAUGUUGUUAUUAUAUUCCAAGAUGAUUAUCUUGUCACAGAGAACUUUCCAAUCAAGCUUACCAGGUUUUGAGAAUAUCUUCUGUGAUGGUGAUAGAGACAAUGUUUUUCAAGCAUUCACUGGAAUUUUAGUGAUGUGACAUGUUAAAGAAAGGUUUUAAUCAAGUAUGCUGGAUUUUGAGAACAUGUUUACUUUUUUAAUUAAUUUAAUGAAGCAACAUGUUACAUGCUUAGAUGUGGUUUAUCAUAAGAUGUUUGUAAUUUGGCAUGAAUGGAUAUGUUUAAGGAAUAUUUUAAAAUUACUUUCUUGAGUUAGUAAUAAAUCAUGUAAAAGGAAAGGAAUCAAAUUUGUGAAAACAGUUUAUCUGUCUUGUUUCUUUGCUUAAGAAUUUUAAAGAAAAAUUUACUUUUUCUGAAUUUUAGGAUUUGAUCUAAAACAUUUAAUGUGACAACGUAAGUCAGUUGUUUCUCAACUUAGGAUGAUGAACUUGAAUGUUAAUUUCUCACUGAUAAAUGUCUGUGCACUUGUUUUGACUUUGUUUAUUCAAUCUGAAUUCUUCAAAAUAAACUCCAGAUAGUAAAAGGAAGAAACGUUCUGCUCCUGCUAAAUGUACUUACUACAUUAUUAAGAAUGUAGGACUAGACAAAAAAGAUUUUUUUACCCACAAACUAAAAUUGACCUUUUCGAAAACCUAGCUAAACACCGUAUUCCCGUACGUUACGGAUUUAGCUCUGGGGAAUAACACCAAAUGAAAUACAUAACACAGUUAUAUAAUAUUUCUAUUUUUCUAUCAUUAUUUUACCGUUUAAGGUGAAAAAAAUUGAUGUUUUUGAAAAUUAUCAAUAUUCCUUUAAUAUCCUUGCAAAUUU